AUAGCGUUGCUUUACUUGGCAGAAUGUAGCCAAGUCUGCUUAAGUCGAGGCUGAGCGUGGCUGUUGAGUGGUGGGAGGAGAAAGUGCCCAGAUGUCAGCUUUCUUAAAUGACAGCCGUCGCUGGCUUGUUUGUGUUUUCCCACCCCAACCAGUUAGUUUCCCCUGGACAUAGUAAGUGCACACCCCGAGGACUUGCAAGCGGUCAUGUCGGCCAGCUGGGACGAGGAGGACCGAAGAUCGGAGCACGGAGGGAAAGAGUCGCACAGGGACGCGGCCAACGCUCGCGAAAGGGCCAGGAUGAGGGUGCUCAGCAAAGCUUUCUCCAGGCUGAAGACCACCCUUCCCUGGGUACCCCCCGAUACAAAGCUGUCCAAGUUGGACACCCUGCGGCUGGCCACCAGCUACAUCUCGCACCUCAGGCGACUGCUCCAGGACCACUCCCUGGAUGACGCUUAUGUGAAGACCGCCAGUCUGACCUGGCCAUUUGGGAUGUCGGGACACUUGGAGGACGAGGACUCUCAUUCCAAGACCACCACAAGACUUUGCGACGCAACAGCUUGAACACAGUAUGGCCCCUGCCUGAGCGUUUCAUGGUGACAUCACAGACAAUACGCCCGCCCCUUCUAUGCUCAGAGAACCUAAAACCCGCAAGA